AUGGACAGGAACCUGCCUGUGAGAUUUGUGGACCCUGAUUUUUCAGCAGCCGGGCAGCACUGGAAGAACGCGAGGAGCUAUGGGAGUGGGUGGGCCCUGCUGUGCUGCGCCAUGGCCAGCAAGAGGCUCCUCGCCCUCGUGCUCUCCUUCUCCGCCCACCACCCCAUCGACCUGGUAUACAACGAGCUGCACCCGCAGUGGAUCAAGAGCGUCGACUUCUUCCUGCGCCAGCGCCACCGCCUCAGGUCCCUCGCCCUCACUUUCACGGAUAUGGAGCAGCUCGAAAACCUUUGCUCACCGCUCAGCCAGCCCUUCACCUCCCUCACCUCCCUCAGUCUCAAAUUCCGCGGCCGUGUCGACAAAUCCGAGUCGUUUGACGACCAUUAUAAGGAUUAUGAGGACGAAGAGGAUGAGGAUUCCUGGGCCCACUUCUUUGACUGCCCGGCUCUGCAGCGGCUGAAGCUCAGCCGGGGCAAGUGGUAUCUCCAGGGAGGCUGGGUUGAGCAGUACAAGUCGCUGCGCAGUUUGACUCUCAAACACGUGGAUUGGAGCCACGUGGAUAUGAAGAAUCUAGGCUCGGUCACACCGCGGCUCACGGAGUUUGUUCUCUAUCACAGCUGGAGUUUGGACGACCCAUCCUCCGGCCCCGGUGGCGGCGGCUCAUUCUGUUUCAACUUAUCAAAGGCUCAAACCGUCCGCUUAUACUUCCCGCAUAGCAGCCUCACGCUCUCCCUCACACUCUCUCGCUCGCUCACGACCUUCUCAGCCAUGGCAAAACAGCUUGUGCUCUCCUGCAAGACCACCGAACUUCUCGCUCUCCACCACCUCUCGCUGUACGGCCAGCAGCGGCUUGUCAUCUCCUCCCUCCGCCUCGCUUCCGUACGAGUGGCCUAUAUCAACGGCCCUCCCAAAGACCACCACUCUUGCAGUGACGAAUAUUUUUCCCACCUGGACUUUCCUGAAUUGUCCCCUCAAGCUUCACCCGAACUUUCUCUUGGCAGGCAGAGUGUGCACCGCUGCAGCUCUGCUGAGUUCUCCUGGGUUGAAUGGUUGCGCACUAUAGCGCCAACAGUGGAGGUGCUUAUAGUGAGGCAUGGGGUGCCUGUAGAGGGGGUUGAUGCGGAGUGGAGCAGCCUGCGCAGCCUCGGGAUUGUCGUGGAGAGAGAGGAGCGGUUUGAGGUGGAUUUGAAGCAGCAGCAGCAGCAGCAGCAGCAGCAGCAGCAGCAGCAGCAGCAGCAGCAGCAGCAGCAGCAGCAGCAGCAGCAGCAGCAGCAGCAGCAGCAGCAGCAGCAGCAGCAGCAGCAGCAGCAGCAGCAGCAGCAGCAGCAGCAGCAGCAGCAGCGGCAGCAGCAGCAGCCACAACAGCUGCGGCAGCAGCAGCAGCAGCAGCAGCAGCAGCAGCAGCAGCGGAGGCAGCGGCCGCAGCAGCGGCAGCAAAAGCCGCAGCAGCGGCCGCAGCAGCUGCAGCAACAGCAUCAGCAGCUUUUGCAGCAGCAGCAACGUUUGCAGCAGCAGAUUCUGCAGCAGCAGCAGCAGCAGCAGCAACAGCUUUUGCAGCAGCAGCAGCAGCAGCAGGAGGAGGGGGGGGAGGAGGAGGAGCAGGAGGGGCAGCAGCAAGAAGAAAGACCUCCGUUUAUCUUGGCUCCAAACUUGCGAGCAAUCUUCUUCCCCACCCACACAUGCGAGCAGCAAACCCUUGCUUCCCUACGCGAAUUCUGUCCCUCUCUCGCCCUGUACUGCAUCUCACGUCGCUCGCUCUACUGGGAGAAGCAAAGAAAGGAGUUGCCAGAAAUUCCUAUGGUGCACGUGAGGAAGGCGAGAAGCGGGGUGCCAUGCGCUUGCUUUUCGGAGAAGCGACCGAAGAACGUUCGAGAGAAGAUGCACAGUGUGAAUAGAGAGCUGGUGGAUGGGUACAGUGUUGAUAAGGAUGAGGCUUACAUGUGGAAGUACAAAGGGAGGCUGUGGGAGUCGGAGUGUGAUGUGCUGGUGGCAUGUGCGGAGAGGGUGCUGCUGGAUGGGAUCGGCAGCCGUGGUAGCAUUGGAAGCAGCGGGAGCAGCGGUGGCAGCAGGGCGUUCUACGCGCCGGUGGUGACGCCGUUUGAGGCGCUGAUGGCGCUGGAAGAGGGGCGGGAGUGGACGGGGGAGUAUCGGAUGCUGCUGGAUGGUGCUGGGGUGGGGGGGAAGGAAAAGGAGGAGCAGUGGGGAAGGGAGAAGCAGGGGAGAGGGGAUGAAGGAAGGGGAGAGGAUGAGGGAGGAAGAGAGGUUGGGGGAGGAGUGGAUGCUUUCAUGCUGAGAGUGGCUCCUGCGAUUGAUGCCAUGAGGGUGGAGGAGGAGCAGGAGGGCCGUGCUUGCAGGUUACUGCGAUUCGAGUACAGCCAGUGCCCCCCGGUGCAGCAGGGGGGAGAAAAACUCUCGCGUUCACGCGCUUGCCGUUUCUUGGAGAGUCAUUGUUUUGAGGCAAGGCAUUCGUCGCCGCCCAUUGUCCAUCUAUUCAUCUGGCUCUCUGCUCCUCUCCUUCCGCCCGUGCCUGCUUGCGCGCGGCCCUGUCCCCUCCCCACUGACGCCAUGGGCGGUCCCGCGGACGGGCUAGGGCUCGGCGCGGAGGUCAACGGGGGCGCGGAGUCUGUCGCGGAUCUCCUCGCGCUUCCGCCCGACGCCGUUCCGCGGAGCGACCUUUUCUUCCGCCUUGCGCGCGCGCAUUUCCGCGCAGCUGUAUCCGCCUCCGCGGGUGGCCCCGCCAACCCCGCGGACCCCGCAAGCUCCCCCGCGGGUGGCGCAAAUGACGCUGCGGGAGGCGGGGAUAUUAACGACAAUAGUAGCGACGAGGCGCUUGCUUUAGACGUUGUCCGAAACGCGAUUCAGCCUUCAGAGCGGCCCGACCACGUUCCGUCUCUUGUCCUCGCGUCCGUGAUUUGCGCGCGGCGUGACACGUGGAGCGAAGAGGGCGUGCGCUACGGCGAACGCGCCGUCGAGCUCGCUGCCAGCAGCGGCCCGCAGCGCGCUAAGGCGCUCCACGCGCUGGGAGUUAAUCUCCUGCUACACUCGCGCAGCCAUUACAUCUCCGCGGCUCGGCGUGAGCUGAGUCUUAAGAGCGCCGUUCAGUCGCUAACCCAGGCGUCAGAAGAAGAUGCCACGUCAGCAGCUAUAAUGGUAGAUCUCGCGCUCGCGUUGGCCGAGCAGCGCCACGUCAGCGAGGCGCUGAAAGUCGCCAAGCGCGCUCUGAAAGCCGGCGGCGGACAGUGGCUGCUGACGUGGCAGCUGCUGGCGCUGCUGCUGACGUGUCAGCAGCGAUUCAAAGACGCGGAAGACAUGUGCCGCGUGGGGGAAGCCGCCAUGAAGAAAUCGGGGGGCGCGGGGGGAGCGGGGGGCGCAGGGGGAGGGGGAGUGGAUGGGGGGGAGAAAGGGGAGGGCGCAAGGGCAGCGCUGCUGGUGCUGCACGCUAAGGUGCACCUAGCGAGUGGGGAGCUAGGGGGAGAGGUGGGGGAAGGGGAAGGCAGAGGCGGGGCGGAUGGGAGCGGUGGUGUGAGUGCAGGCGUUGGUGAGGCUGUGGAGAGCUUGAAGCAAGCCAUGGCUGCUGUGCAGUCACGACAGAAGCGAGGCGACAUGGGCGGCUCAGUGACAGAGGCAGUGGUAUGGCAGUGCCUGGCGGAGGCGUAUCUGGCCGGCGGGCGGGCGGCAGAUGCCGACCUUUGUGUGGGCAAGUGUCAGACACUGGACCCGUACUCUGCUGACACGUGGAUGGUGGCGGGCAUGCUAGAAGAGGCAAGAGGCUGCCCCGAGGAGGCCCUGGCCUGCUACCGCAGUGCCUUGGCCAUUGACCAAUGGCAUGCCGCCAGCAAGGCGCGGCUGGGAGCCCUGCUGCUGCAGAUGGGCGGGGAGUGGUUGCAUAUGGCGCAGGUGUACCUGAGGGAGGUGGUAUCUGGUGAUGGGUUUGAUGCACGCGCAUGGCAUGUGCUGGGAUUGGUGGAGAGAGGGCGUGGGGAUGUGGGUGCUGCUGCAGAGUGUUUCAGGCGAGCUAUGGAGGCUGAAGAAACGGCUCCUGCUGUUCCAUUCAAUACUCUUAGACCGAUCCUGCCGCAGCUGCUGCUGUAG